CUCGGUUCAUCACCAGCUGUCUCACAAAGCGGUGGUAACCGGCAGAGCCGAUGCGGUGGGAGAGUGCCCUAGCCGGGACCGGGACCGGGACCGUCACCGGUUCCAUUGUAAUCGAGCCCCAAGACUACCAAUUCGGGACGCUGUGGUGGUUCGUCUACGCCGGAGUCUCCUGCCUCCUCGUUCUCUUCGCAGGCAUAAUGUCUGGCCUCACCCUGGGCUUGAUGUCGCUCGGUCUGGUCGAGCUCGAGAUUCUUCAACGUAGCGGCACAUGCACGGAGAAGAAGCAAGCAGCUGUUAUCAUGCCGGUUGUCCAGAAGCAGCACCAGCUUCUCGUGACUUUGCUUUUGUGCAAUGCUUGUGCAAUGGAGGCUCUUCCUAUAUAUCUGGAUAAAAUUUUCCAUCCCUUUGUUGCUGUUGUGCUAUCUGUAACUUUUGUUCUUGCAUUUGGCGAGAUCAUUCCACAAGCUGUAUGCUCAAGAUAUGGCCUUGCCAUGGGUGCAAAUUUUGUGUGGCUGGUUCACAUUCUGAUGAUCAUUUGCUAUCCGAUUGCUUACCCCAUUGGGAAGGUUCUAGACGCUGUACUGGGGCAUAAUAAUGUUUUAUUUAGGCGAGCUCAACUGAAAGCCCUUGUCUCUAUCCAUGGUCAAGAGGCUGGUAAAGGGGGUGAACUCACACAUGACGAGACUACUAUCAUAAGUGGAGCACUUGAUUUAACUGAAAAGACUGCAGAGGAGGCUAUGACACCUAUUGAAUCAACAUUUUCCUUAGAUGUCAAUUCAAAAUUGGACUGGGAAGCAGUUGGGAAAAUUCUUGCACAUGGUCAUAGUCGUGUUCCUGUCUAUUCAGGCAAUCCGACUAACAUCGUUGGACUCUUACUGGUGAAAAGUCUUCUUACUGUACGAGCAGAAACAGAGACUCCAGUAAGUUCGGUUUCCAUCCGAAGAAUUCCUAGGGUUCCAGCAGAUAUGCCUUUGUAUGAUAUCCUCAAUGAAUUUCAGAAGGGAAGCAGUCAUAUGGCUGCUGUGGUGAAAGUUGAAGAUAAAAGCAAGAAUUUUCAACCUGUUGUCGGAAGACAUAAAGAUGAAGAAAAUAACAGCAUCAACUGGAAUUCCCAAUUAACUACUCCAUUGUUACCCAAGCUGCAUGAAAAUGCAAAUAGUGUUCUUUUUGAUGUUGAUAAGCUGGCAAUUGCAGUGCCCACAAAAAGGCAAAAUUUUGAUCAACAAAAUGCUACCUCACCAAACAACUUGACCCACCUUGACGAUUAUGAAGAUGGGGAAGGAGAAGUAAUUGGCAUUAUUACGCUAGAGGAUGUUUUUGAAGAACUUCUGCAAGAAGAAAUUCUGGAUGAAACGGAUGUAUAUGUUGAUGUGCAUAAGAGGAUACGUGUUGCCGCCGCCGCUGCAGCCGCCACUGUUGUGCGGGCCCCAUCAAAUCGGAAGUUGACUGGUCAAAAACCUGGUGCGCAGAGCAAGCAAUCUCAAGCCCCAAAGAAGGCUGUUUAGUGGUUGAACUAGGUUGCUGGAAAUAACUGUGCACCCUCUUUAGGUGACCGAGGGUGAUUGAUGCAGCAGUUUUGACGGGCAAGAUAGAUGUAAAAUCCUUUUGUUUAUGUUGUUUGUUUGUUGUAAUCCUUUUCCUUUUUUUUCUUUUUCUUUUUCCUUUUUAAUCUUGCCA